AUGAGCUACCAAACCUGCCACCAUGUUAGCCUGGAAUGUCCUGUCUCCGACACGACUUAUGGCUACACCCCGAAUCUUGGCGGAAACAUUUUCUUUACCGCAUUUUUCGCCCUCCUCGGAGUCGCCCAAUUAGGGCUAGGCGUUUACUAUCGGACGUACACCUUCCUGAUCGCUCUGGGUGUGGGAACCUUUAUGGAGACCGCUGGGUAUGUCGGACGGGUAUUGAUGCAUUACAAUCCAUGGAAUGAGAGCGCUUUUAAGCUCCAAAUUGUGUGCCUGGUCCUCGCACCGACGUUUGUUGCCGCGGGUAUCUAUUUGACGCUGAAGCACAUCGUGCUCAACCUCGGACCGGAGCAUUCGAUCAUGAAGCCGCGCCUGUUCACCCAUCUCUUCAUAUGGUGCGAUCUUGUAUCACUUCUGAUGCAAGGUGCCGGCGGAGGAGUGGCCGCGGGUGCAGGCAAUACAAAUAUGUCUCUCCUCAAGGCUGGCGAUGAUAUCAUCAUCGCUGGCAUAGCCUUUCAAGUGGCCACGAUGUCUGUGUGCGGAAUCUUAGCUUUGCAUUUCUUCUGGAAUGUUGCACGGAAGGGCAACGGUCUGACAGGAGAAAAGACUGUAACUCCUGCCAUUUCUCCGAACCGGAUGCGACUUGUCAUCGCUGCCGAGGUCUUCGCCUACUUCACCGUCUUGAUUCGGUGCAUCUACCGGCUACCUGAAAUGGCUGGCGGGUGGGGCAAUCCCAGGAUGCAGGACGAGGAGUCGUUUCUACUUCUAGAUGGAAUGAUGAUCGCCUUGGCCACGUUAGCAUUUACCCUAGUACACCCUGGAAGAUUCAUUCCGACGAUCCGUAGUGAGAAGAAGAGUUCAGUCUAA